GGGAGAAAGUGCUGCAACGGCGGUGCCAUUUGAGGACAAUUUCUAUUUCUAGGGCGGAGGCGGCUGCGAUUGACUCCAAGCGCUGAGGAAGCGGAGGGAGGAGCCCCUGGGCUGAGCCUUAACAAACGUAGAUCCAAGGACAUUAUUUGAAUGUAAGAUGUCUUUAAAUUCAGCUGUGACUUUACAAGAAGAUCAAGAAAGCCACCAGGGAAUAAAAAUAAAUUCUGAAUGUCUGAAAAGGCUAGAUUCACAGGCUACAUCCAUGUUGCAGGAAACGCCACUUGAAAACUUGCAUCUAGCAUCACAGGCAGUUCUUGAGAGAGCCCAAAAGCAAGGGAGAUCCAAAUGUCCCAGAUGUAAUAGUUCAAGGAUGUUUUAUUGUUACACAUGCUAUGUUCCAGUUGAAACUGUCCCUACCGGAGAAAUUCCUAUUGUGAAGCUGCCUUUGAAGAUCGACAUAAUUAAGCAUCCCAAUGAAACCGAUGGCAAAAGCACAGCUGUACAUGCCAAGCUCCUGGCUUCUGAAGAUGUUACAAUCUACACCUAUCCUUGCAUUCCAGACUAUGAAGAAAUGAGACAUGAAAUUGCACUUAUCUUUCCUGGGCCUAAUUCAAUUUUAGUAAAUGACAUACCCCUCUCUUUGCAAAACAAAUGUAAAGAGGAUGUCAAUUACAAGAAGGAUGAUUCAUCAGCAGAACCAGCCCUCAAGUGUGUGAAACUAGAGUCAGGGAAUGACAGAGACUUGGGUGAACACAAAUUGCAUAGCAGGUUCAAAGACGCUGUGCUGAAGAAAAUUGUAUUUAUCGAUAGUACCUGGAAUCAAACCAACAAAAUAAUCACAGAUGAGCGACUCCAAGGAUUGCUACAAAUUGAACUGAAAUCAAGGAAAACCUGCUUUUGGCGUCAUCAAAAAGGGAAACCGGAUACGUACCUGUCUACUAUUGAAGCAAUUUAUUAUUUUUUAGUAGACUAUCACAAGGAGCUCUUAAAAGAAAAAUAUGAAGGACAGUAUGACAAUCUGCUUUUCUUCUUCUCAUUUAUGUACAAAUUGAUAAAAAAUGCCAAGUGUUCUGCAGGAAAAGAAUAAGGCAUUCCUCAUGUCAAUAACAACAACAGCAAAAACCCUCCCAACAAAAUAGUAAUUAUGAUCCAUUGCACUUUGUUCUUUAAAACAUAUUACUAAGGUUUGAAUUACAGAAACUGUGUUGUACAGUUAGAAUACUGUUAGAAUGGUAAAAGUUCCUGUCCCUUGAAUUUAGUCCUAAAUUCAGGCAACUUCAGGCAAGUCUUCAAUGGACUGCUAUGAGAGUGUUGCCUGAAACAAACCUGAGCCUGUCGCCUCUGAACAGAAAUGUUUUCAAAUUGUAAAGAGCAUCAAAGAUGCCAACAAGGAGUCUCUUUUCUUAAACAUAAUAAAACUCAGUUCAGCUGUUUCAUUGUAUAGGAAUGUGAUCUUGAUCAUCAAGGAUGACUUCAUCCUGGUGAUGUCACUGGUGUCUAAAAAUGAUUGGAACAAUAUUUCAGUGGACAAAAAUAUAUAUAUUCCAAGCUAAUAUAUUUAGCAGGAUGCCAAAGGUAAACACGGCUGGGUCUAAAUUAAGCUGUAAAAUUGCUUCAGUAACAUGACAAUAAUAGUGUUAUUACGUCUGCGUAUACGCCCAUUUCAGUUUGAUCAUUCUGAUACUGCUAAACAAAAGUUUCCUUCUGAGUUCUGUCAUAAUGAUACAUUUCCCAAGAUAAAUAUACGGUUUAAAUAUACAGAAAGAUGCAGUUCCUGCCAACUGAUGUUAAAAGCUUCCUAAGAAAACAAAGGUUGGCGUGAACUGUACCUGUUUUUUCAGGACAUUUGGGUCCUGGCAAAUGAAAGGAAUUACAGACUGUGCAAAGGCUGGAGAGCUUCCAUCGGGUGAAGAAACUGAGGAGUAUUUUUUUUCUCUCUGUCCCCUUAACAAUGUAGUGAAAUAAGAAUAUGCUUUGUUACUACUGCUUCCUUCUCUCUUUUCAAUCCUGUUGUAUAUUAAGAGUUUUUGUAGAUUAGGUAUACAAUACAUGUGAUAUAGGGAAUCGUUGGACUGUUCUUAGCAAUCUAAUGAUGAACAUCUCUUUGAAGACGGUAAGCCAGAUUCACAAUUACCAAAAGGACGAGCUGUGUUUUUCUUUUCAACUUUGGAACAACUUUUUUAAUACCAGUACCUGUUCGGGUUAUAAGACACAUAUUCUGGU